AUGAUCAAUAUCUCCAACAGUCUAAACAGUAGUGGUAGCACUGUUUCAUGGAACAUAAAGAGUGAACCAAACCCAUGUUUAUGGAAAGGGGUCGAGUGUAAUCCACCCAACUCAACUGUAACCCAAAUUUCUCUCUCCAAGUUGUUUCUGUCUUCCUCAGAUUUUCUCCCAAUUGUCUGCCAACUUGAGUCUUUGCAGAUUCUUGAUGUGUCAGAAAACCACCUGAGAACAAUCCCUUCUGGGUUUCUCACUGCUUGUGGAAAAUUAGAUGGGCUAAAGCUACUCAAUUUCAGUUUUAACAAUCUGCUCGGUUCUUUACCUGCCUUUGUUGGGUUCUCUGGGUUGGAGUCCUUGGACCUUUCUCAUAAUAAUUUGAGUCAAGGCAUUGACUCAGAGCUGUUGGGUGGUUUGGUUGCGCUCAGAAGCUUGAACCUCAGCUUCAACAACUUUAGUGGGACUAUUCCUACCCGACUUGGGAGAUCCAUGCUCUUGGAGAAGCUUGUGCUUUCUGCCAAUAAAUUUGACGGGAUAAUUCCAGGUGAAAUCGUGGACUACCGCAAUCUGACUCUGAUUGAUUUGAGUGCAAAUCAAAUUUCUGGUUCAGUUUCUGAGAGUUUUGGAGAGCUAUCCAAGUUGGAGGUUCUGAUUCUAUCUUCCAACAUCUUAAGUGGCAUAAUCCCAGAAAGCCUUUCGAAUAUCACAAGCCUCACGCGGUUUGCAGCAAAUUCUAACAAGUUCGGGGGUCCAGUUCCUGGUGGAAUCACAAAGCAUCUCAAAAAUUUGGACCUGAGUUAUAACAGCUUGAGUGGGUCGAUUCCAUCAGACCUUUUGUCUCCAUUGAAUUCGAACUUGCAGACUGUGGAUUUGUCUAAUAACUUGUUGCAGGGAUCAAUACCCACGCCUCUGUCUCCGGAACUGGUUCGGUUGAGAUUAGGAAGCAAUUCACUUGUUGGAAUGAUACCUUCUGUGACACUCCAGAACUUGGUAUACAUGGAAAUGGAAAACAAUAAGCUGAAUGGUUCCAUACCUCCUGAAUUGGGUUCAUGCAGCAAUUUGGCUCUGUUGAACUUGGCUCAGAAUGGACUGACUGGGGCUUUGCCGCCGCAGUUGGGGAACCUCACUAAACUUCAAGUUUUGAAACUUCAGUCUAAUAAUCUUGCUGGAGGAAUCCCAACUGAGUUUACUGAACUAAGGAGCUUGUCUGUUUUGAAUAUCAGCUGGAAUGCUCUGAAUGGUUCAAUACCAACAACAGUUUCAAACUUGCAGAAGCUUAUUAACAUGAACCUACAAGGCAACAAUCUCAGUGUCACAAUUUCUUGA